CUAGACAUUCAGUCUUGGAUAAAGUAGCUUUAGUCGAUGAGCAGACAAGUGGAUGUGAUAAAAUGGAGUCCAAGCAUUUCUUAAGCUGCUUGUUGACAGUCGCCAUGGUAACAAUGGGAGUGUCGUCCGUUGUCGUGGAAACACAUUGGGGUGCAGUCCGUGGAAUUCAGACUGAUACAGCCCAAGUCUUUCGAGGGAUACCUUAUGCAGCACCCCCAGUAGGAGAGCUAAGGAGCUCUCGGCUUCCUCGUCACAGGACAGGGGGCAGGGGAUGCUCGGGGAAACUACGGCAUUUUGGACCAGAGGCUGGCUUUGGAGUGGGUCAGCAAGAGCAUCCAGGCAUUUGGUGGAGAUCCCAACAAAGUCGAGUUUGCCACGGUUCUGAGCUGCCUUACGUCUUUGCUACGGCCUAUAAGGGUAACUUCUCCUUCACACCAGAGGAGACUGUCCUUAGCAACAACGUGAUCAGCUAUUGGUCAAACUUUGCAUGGAAUGGGGACCCGAAUAAACCACGCCCCACUGCCUUAUAUGGAGACACUAACAAACCCCACCCAGUGGUCCUCGUCCCUGAUUUUCGGAAAGAUGGAAAAGAUGAUAUUAAAGACACCCAUGUCCAUCAGCUUGUGAUCAGAAACGGAAAAGGGAAUCUUGGACGAGAAGUCGAGAGCCAACGGGUCAAUGCAGGACAAGUUUUAGACAAGUCACUCCGGUUUCAUCCCAAAGAAGGGAACCAUGACUCAACGUUCUCAGGUUCUCUACCUGCUGAAGAUUCCGCCUCUCAAGAACAAUUGCCCAACUGGCCCCAGUUCGAACCUCGCUCUGCCUGGGCCUCAAUGCGUUUCCAAACGCCAGAAAGCAGCAUAAUACAAAAUUACAGAAAGGAGUUCUGCGAUUUCUGGGACUCUUUGGGCUACGGAGCUUGAAAGAAAUUGGUUGACCUCUGUGACUAAAGGGCUAACUACCGGUUUUAGAUCAAUUAAACUGUUUCUAAUUUUGAACCUAUUUA